UAAAAAUGAUUUUUUAUAAAAAUAAUUUUUCUUUGAAUACAAGGAGCUUGUUUUGUUGUGUAACUCGCAUUAUAUUGCGGUGUAACUCGCAUUAUAAAAAAUGUAAAUCACGUGUAAAUGAAAUGUAACUUGUUGAGAAAAGUUGACAUGUAACUCACGCUUAUAAAUAUGUAACUUUAAGCGAAUUCAGAUGUAACUUGAGUGUGUUCAAGAUGUAAACUGAGAAAAAUAAUUCAUAGCAGUCAUCUUCAACAUGUAAAUUGUAUAAAAAAAAUUCCAGUUGAGUUCUUAAAAAGUACCACGUAACAAGCAAAAUUCAUAAGCAAAAUUCCAAUGAGUUCUCUCAGCAGCUUUCUUUGAGAGUAUUAGAUGAAGAGAUGUUCUCUUAAUGAAAAAUUAAACCCUAAGUGCGCACAAAAUAUCAAAGGGAAUGAGCUGAGAAGUUUUUGUGAACAGAGCAUAGCUUCGAUGGACUGCAGGGAUGAGAUUGACGCAUCAAAUAUGCCAUCAAGGUUGAGCGCCGCAGCCGCCGCUGCACCAAAGCUGUGCCGCUGCACUGUUGCACCGCUGCGCCGCCGCCUCGAGGAUGAGCAGUUGGACCGCUGCCACUUCCUCGCCGGCGAGUGUCAUGACCAAUUUCCGAUGCUCUCUCGAAGGAACACUCAUAGCUUCUUUAAUCCGGCGUAAUAACAACGGCGAUACCCGCUUUUUUAAUUAAUACAGAGCAAAACUAUGUCGUUUUGGGAUAGGUGCACCAUGAGGAUGGUGCACCGAUCCCACGAUAUAAAUUGUUGUCUUAAUACUAGUGUACGUUCACCGAAUGAAAGUGACUUUAAUGUGUGAUGCAUUUUUUUUUGACACCAUAAGGUUUGAUAUAUACGUGGGAAUGGAUAAUAGAGGAUUUCUACUUUUGGAGCUUAGUUAACAACUUAACAUAUGCUUCGUAUAAUGAGUGGGAAAUAAGGAAUGGGAAUUGAAUACAAUACCCUAGAGAAAGGGGUGAAUUCUGGCUAAUAAGAGUGUAGACGAGGUGUCAUAAAAGGCUAAGAAUUUAAGAGCACAAAAAGCUUAAAUUUGAAGACUUGGAAACAAAUACUCAUAAGGAUAUAUCCC